AUGCAUCGCACAUAUUCUAUGAGACAAUCGCGGGCUCCAACUGCCUCGCAACUUCAAAACCCCCCUCCACCACCUUCGAGUACAAAAUCUGGAAAGUUCUUCGGCAGAAGCGGUCUCGGCCAUGCUAUGCGACUCAAGACACACUCUGCCCUCAAUACUAGAGGACCAGAGCUUUCCAAAAAGCUUGGUCAACUCGUGAAGAUGGAGAAGAAUGUCAUGCGCAGUAUGGAACUCGUCGGAAGAGAGAGAAUGGAGGUAGCACAACAACUCUCCAUUUGGGGUGAGGCUUGCGAUGAAGACGUAUCAGAUGUUACCGACAAGCUCGGUGUAUUGCUCUACGAAAUUGGUGAACUUGAGGAUCAAUAUGUUGAUCGUUAUGACCAAUAUCGUGUUACCAUCAAGAGCAUCAGAAACAUCGAAGCUUCCGUUCAACCAAGCAGAGAUCGCAAGCAAAAGAUUACUGAUCAAAUCGCUCAACUCAAAUACAAGGAGCCAGAAUCUCCAAGAAUUGUCGUUCUUGAGCAAGAAUUGGUUCGUGCUGAGGCCGAAUCUUUGGUCGCUGAAGCUCAACUUUCCAACAUCACCCGUGAGAAGCUCAAGGCUGCUUACACCUACCAAUUUGAUGCUCUCCGUGAACAUUGCGAAAAGGUCGCUAUCAUCGCUGGUUACGGAAAACAUCUUUUGGAACUUGUUGAUGACACCCCUGUCACACCAGGUGAGACCCGACAAGCAUAUGAUGGAUAUGAAGCGAGCAAGGCCAUCAUCCAAGAUUGUGAGGAUUCUUUAACCAACUGGGUUAACUCCAAUGCGGCCGUCUCUUCCAACCUUUCCACUCGCGCUCGUACUUUGUCUCAACGUAGACGAAACAACAUUCAACGUAACGCUCAAGGUCAUGAUCUUACAGGCCAAGAUCAACCUUUGAAUGAUAAUGAGAGUGGUCUUUGGAUACCAGCUGAAGCUCACAAGGGUGGUGAUGAAUACGAAGAUGAGGAGGAGGAAGAAGAGAUUGCUCACUCUCAUCAAGGUAGCAUCACCAAUGGUGAACUAAGAGGUCGUCAAGAAGAGCUCGCAUAA